UGCUCGUUGGUUGACAUUUCCUAAGUUUUUGUUUUUCCAUUAAUUCAAGGUUAGGUGCUUGACUUUAAAUCAGAAGUCAAUUAGUGGAAAUCAGUUUUAAAUCAUGGGAAAUGCAGGAGGCUCCCAAAGAGAACGUCACAAGUCUUCUGGGGAAACUGCUCCAUCAUCGCCAGUCAAAGAGGGUCAAGCGUUUGUGUUCGACAAAAAAACAGAUAAGAUUGUGAUGCAGCAUUCUCAGGACGAAGAGGAGCAAUUUUAUUCUAAACCGCCCAAUCUUUCCUUCGAGAGAUGGAAUACUGCGUCCGAAGGGUCUCAAAUAGAGACUAGCACAACUAGUGAUAAGACUCCAACAGUAUUCAGGUGGGAAGGUGGUGGAAAGGAUGUUUACAUUACUGGUACUUUCUCUGAAUGGAAGGCAAUACCCAUGGUAAAAUCUCAUUUGGGUUUGGAUUUUGUCACUAUAAUCGACCUACCCGAAGGGGAGCAUCAAUAUAAAUUUUUCGUUGACGGAGAGUGGAAAAAUGAUCCAUCAAACAAGACUGUAGAAGACCCAUCUGGAAUAAAAAAUAACCUGAUAUCUGUGAAGAAAUCAGAUUUUGAAGUUUUCGAAGCCUUAGACAAAGACCAGGAGGGUUCUGAAAAUGAUGCACAAAAAGAGUUUUCCCAAGAAAUCCCCGCAAACAAACCUUGGGAAAAAUUCAAUGAACCUCCUGUUUUACCACCUCAUCUCUUACAAGUUAUUCUGAAUAAAGACACACCAUUAUCGUGUGAGCCAACCUUAUUACCUGAACCGAAUCAUGUGAUGCUGAACCAUCUGUAUGCUCUCUCUAUUAAGGAUGGUGUUAUGGUUUUGAGUGCCACCCACAGGUAUCGCAAGAAAUAUGUUACGACACUGUUAUAUAAACCAAUUUAAUGUUGUGAAUAUACAGAUUUAAAAAAAUUAAUAUGUAGAACUGUAUUAUAUAGGCAGGGUUCUUUGUUUUUGUUGGCUUCAUUUGUGUUUAAGUAUAUUUUAGAUAUUGUUAUCAAUUUAGGCGUCUUAAGUAUCAAAUAAAUAUAUGAGUAUUUUUA